AUGUCCCAGUCUUCAGUUACAGGGGCAGUCACACCGGGAACUGCCCCAGAUGGCCCGCAAAAUUCAGGAGGCGUAAAGCUCAAUGGUCCACCAAACGGCCACGCCUCGUCGACCGCCACCGGUUGGCGUCGGCCCUGUGGCGACCGGAACAGACGAUGUACAGUCGUCUUGCUCCGCGGUCAUCAGGUCGGCCAGAAAUUUUCUCGCCGGGUACCGGACUGUCUGAACGGCCCGAAAAAGCAAUUUGGAGGUGCGACAGUCACCCGUUCCAAGUUGGUUCCACGAUUCAUCGGUCCCUUUGAGAUUGUCCAAGCCAUUAAUGACAACGCCAUGCGCCUAAAGUUGCCUCGCUCGAUGUCACGUGUUCAUGACGUGUUCAAUGUUGAUCGACUUAAGCACUAUCACCCCAACGAAGCCAAGUUUGCCUCCCGGCCUAUCCCGAAAGCUACUCCUGUUGUACUAGACGAAUCCACCGGCGAAGAAAUGUAUAUUGUCGAGAAACUACUCAAGAAGCGCCAGUUCAAUCGCAAGUUGGAGUACUUGGUCAAGUGGCAUGGUCAGCCCGAAAGCGAAGCCACGUGGGAACUGAUGAAGGACAUCAAGCAUGUUGUGCACUUCAAGCAACUCGUCCAAGACUUGGAGUCAAGGCGUUUCAAGGUGUAG